CCUACGCCCUCUACACACACUAAACAAAACAUCACAGGGCGCGUCUUGAGUUUUACUCAUUUCAUGAAGUUAUCAGGCAAUUGCUAAAUAAUUUUUAGGCUUUGACAUAGAAAAAUGCAUUCCGGGUCCUUUGAAAAAGCUGGUUCGCCGAGGAAAAGGACUCUUUCUCGAGGUGUAAGCGAGGAUGAGUCGCUUCGCAACAUUAUCAAGGAGACAGAGAAUUCCACCAGGCGCCUGACACGCAGUGACUCCAGGGGAACCCUCAAGAAGCAGAGUGAAAGUCAGCAGUCGGAGCAGGAUCUGAUCAUAGGAUUCCCUGAAAUGGAAGAACUGCAGGAAAGCUACAAGGAAGUGGUACAGGAGCUGAGUGGGCUGGAGGUUCAGCGAGAGACGUUGCUGUUCCAGGUGGAUGUUCUGCAGGACGCUCUGGAAGGGGUAGAAGAGAUGCUGGCUGAAGCUCAGAGAGCAGCCAGCCAGGCUAGCAUGGAGUUGGAGCGAGAAAGAGAGGCAAAGAAGAAGUUGGAAGAUAUGGUCAGCUCUCUGAUGCAAGAGGUGGAGAGACUAAAAGAGGAGAGAAAUACCAUACCUUCAGUCCCGGUUUACACGUUUGUCAGAGAGGAGGAGGGGGGUCUGACAAGACAAAAGGCAUAUGAAGGAAAAGAUCAAAUGAUAAAGGAAGCAAUGGAGAACAUUGGAAAUGCACCAAGCGAGGAUGUAGAUUGUUCCCAAGAUGCACCUCUUUCAAUCAAUCGAUUGGAAAGUAUACCAUUAGACACUCAGAGAAAUGGGUUGUCUGCGGAGACCAGCACUGGACUGCUCUCCUUCUUAAAAAAGGGGAGGGGGGAACAGUCUACGGAUAGUUACUCCCACCCCCCACCUCUCCAUGAUACUCAGCUUGGCUCAUCGGUGGACUUGGAGGAUGUGGGGGAGGGUACCGAGGAUAGACAAAGCCCCCUGAGCAAGCUCCACAGGAUGGUCAACAAGACCUUUGGGCAGAUGUCGUCUCUGGCACUGGGCAGCUCGCCUUCUCAAGAAGGGGUUUUUGGUAGCCCCGAAGAAAGCCAAACAGAGGCCAAGCGAGACGCCUCCCCCGAUAGGAACGACACAGACAGCAUUAGCGCCUAUGAGGAUGCGUCUGCUGACACACCUGAGUUGGAGAAUGUCUUCCCAGUGUUCUCUGGCGUGAAUGGGACAGGGCUGAUUGAUGAUGCCUGCCCCACUGUAGAGAAGGAGGAGGGAGAUCCAACCAAUGAAGCCAGAAAUCCCAAUGACUCUUGUAUUGUGUCAUAAGUUCAUGGUGGCUGCCUAUUGAGUGUAAAAGGGUCACAUUUGUUCAGAAUUCCUGGUAUACCAGCUAAUGGUCUAGCUCCUUAAAAAAACAUGACGUCAACUUGAUGGUUCUUACUCUUUUUAAAAUGUUUGUUUUUGGCUUCCUUGCAGAGUGGAACCAGCUUAGGUCUUCAUACAUAAAACAAAUAGUUUUGUGUUCAAAAACUUUAGGCAAUCAGUUUAACUCACUUCAAAUGAAAACCCUUUUUAUAAAUUAGUACCUGAUACAUCCCUUAUUUUAAGACCUGCUUUCUGCCGAAAAAAAACUGUUAUAGUGGGAUGCAUUAGAACUGAGUGGGUCCAAAUUGAUUUUAAGCUUUGUAAAGGAGUUUAAUGAAUUAACAAUUUCAACCCAGCCAUGAGCGGAACUCUGUAUCAAAACUGACCUUUGAUCUAAAUCAUUUCUAAAUAUGGAUUCAGCUAGAAAGUACCAGCUGUCUGUGUACAUACCAAACUGUCAGUCCACAGUUUAUAGCCAGCUAUCACAUUGGUGUGUUUUGGCCUUUAGCUGUCAUGCGGCUUGUAAUUCAUUUAAACUAUAUGUCCACAUCCUUCUCAAAAUCCAUCUCUUUUAUCACAUGUAUGACAUGACAAGUUGCAUUAAUGGAUAUAUAUAUAUAUAUAUAUAUGAUUGUAUAUACACAUUGUUGAUUCCUUGUUUUGUGUCCUAACUUGCUGAUAAUCCCUCCAGGCAUACACAAAGUUAUCAGAUAUGUUGGGGACACAACGCAGGUCUGUAUCACAUACUUUCUUUGAUGCCGUUUCGGUGCUCCUAGAACUAUUAUUGGCUGCUGGCCAGUUAGCAGUCACAAUAGUACACAACCGAAAACAUAAGGGGAAAAGGGAGUAAGGGAAAAAACUAAAA